UUCUGUGAGUGUAGGGAAUGCGAUGGGAGAGGGGAGGGGCAGAGUACAGCGAGAUAGAUAAGUAUUGCAUGGAGCUGGCAGUCGAUGUCGAUUCGCUCACAGCAUUGAAUUGGUGUUAAGCACGAACCGGGCGAAUUGGCAAUAUGGAAAUGGAAAAGGAAAUGGAAAAUGGUAAAUGGAAAUCAGGCAGAGUUGUCCCCAAGCUGUGCGGGGACUGGAGCGUGCAGCAUGGCGCUUGGCGGCCUGACAGCCGCAGCAGUUGCUGCCAUUCGUUGCAAGCGUGCGGAACAUGUCGAAUCAAUUGUUUUUUCUCAGCCUCGCGGACAUAUUCUCCGUUUAUCCGGCCAUCUUCAAGGAGCGCAGCAAGCAGCUGCGCAAGACCAAGCAAAUCUAUCUGCCCAGCGAUGAGGAGUGGCAGGACAAGAUGUACUUCAUGCUGCUCGAGAUCCAGCGACAGGUGAACGAAUCCUCCGACGUGAACAUCUCGCUCAAGGACAUCGAUAAGCGAGAUAAGCCCGUCUUCGACCCGGAUCGGAUCACCAAGAUCGUUUCGCCCAGCAUCAGUCCGAGUGGCGGCCGCAGUCGCGUGCUCAAGUAUUGUCAUGCGACCACAGUGAAGAUUCGUCUGAAGUCCAGCGCUCGCUGGAAUCUGCAAACCAUUGCGAAUGCAGCCAAGUUGCUGAGGAAGCCCGCUCUGCCCGUUGCCUUUCAGAAUGAGCACGAGAUGCGCUUGGCCUACUCUCUGAUCUACGAUGUCUUUCGUUAUAAAUCUGUGUUGUCCAACGCCUUGUCGGACAUUUGCUUCUUCGAGCAGGAGCGCUACAAGAAGUAUAUCGACGAUGAGCAGCGCAUUUGGUUGAUGCUCUUCGAGCUGUACGAUCGCCACUUCAGGAAUCGCAACUCGGAAUACCAAGCUGAGCAGAUGCAACUGUACAAGGAGGCGGAGGUGACAGAGAUUGCUGAUGUGCUUUGGCAGCAUCGCAUACGCCUGGCCGCCUCAAUCUCUCGCAUGCGAAUCGGCGUCGGCGCUCUGCGUCUCUCCCAGCUGCUGCCCAUUCACCUGCAGAACGAAAAGGUGGCCAUAGCGGCGGCAAAUCCUGUCGUCACCGGCUGGAUCAAUCCGUUCCUGCUGCGCAACAAGACGGAGGCCAAUAAAAUCCUGACAGAGAUGGGCUUUACGGUCCACGGCCCGGACGACGAGCAGCCGCUGCUCGAGCAGCACUGCAAGUGGGACAACAUCUGUCCACUGGUCAUCUCCAUCAUACCCAAGGAUCGCAGCGAGUUCACCAAGUCGAAGCUCAUGACCGAGCACUAUUUUAUCAUGCAGGAUAAAAACUUUUCCUAUGGUCCGGCUAUAAUGUCCAAGCUGAUGGACUACUAUGAGCUGUAUGGUGACAUUCUGCAAACCCACGUGGAUUCGCCACGUGCCACAGCUUACCUGGCUGCCCUCUUUUACUCUGUGAAUCGUGUGAAUAACUUUUAUGUUUAUGGAGCGGGCGCCAAUCUUAAGGACUAUCGCCGAUACAUGGAAACUCUAGGCGUCAACAACAUACGGCUCUUUGGCGACGCCUUCACCUCCUUUCCCAUGGAAUCGAAUCGCUUUCGGAAUGUUGUGGGCAUCUUUGCCACGCCCCCGAACUCUUUCAGUGCCAUCUCCGAUCCCAUAGACCUGAUCUGCUCGCGUGGCGGUGAUCUGAGCAUGCUGGAAGUGCUCACCGAAUCGGAGGUCAGCGAUGAGGGCAAAACGCGCGUCGGUUGCAUUCUCGAGGAGCAGCUGCUCACCCUCACCAUGUCCAUGUCGCGUCCGCAGGUGCAGUUCGUGCUCUAUCAAACACAUUCGAUAGUCACCACUGAGAACGAGGACAUGGUGCAACAUGUGCUGGAGGUGAUCAACAAACUGGCUUUGGAGAAACACCGCCAGGCCUACCGCGAGGUGAAGAGGCUGGAAGCCCUCGCCGAGCUCGAGGCCGCUAAUAUACCUGCUGCAGCGAUGCCCAAGGAAUCGCCGCGCAAGAAGGAAAAACUCAGCGCCGAGGAUAAACGCAAAUCCCAGCCAGAGCUGGCAUCCAAGCCGGGCGAGCCAACGACUCCGGCUGUGCAGCUGCCGCGAGUGGACAGCAUCGAUUUGAUUGUUACGCCGGACAUCGAUGAAUUCGUGCUGGACACUGUGCCCGACAUCUGCAUCAAUCAGGACAACUGCAUCGAGCAGCAGUCGACGGGCAGCUACCUCUCGCUCAUACGCCGCAAGGCGCUCACACAGCUCAACGAGAAGUACCUCAUUCGCAUGGCCGAGCGGCGCGGACUCUUUGGCAAGCAGGAGAAGGAUAAGACGAGGCCACGCGGCGUCAAGCUGCAGGAGGAGGUCAACGAGCCAGCGCCUCCAGAUGCCAACUACGACAGCUCCCAUGGUGCUCGCACCGAUGCCCACGCCACCUCCGCCAAACGUCUGCUUGGCCGACUGCAGCACCAGCGAGCGACCCACUCGAGCGCCAUACGCUCGCACCUGACCAAGGUGUCGGCCACGCAGCGGCAUCCGAUCGCAUUCAACUUUAGGAGGCGCGAGUGCACACGCUUCUACGUAUUGCCCGUUUAUAUGCAUAGCACAAAGCAGAACAGCCGCCUCUGGUGGCAAUAUGCCUUCAAGUGCGUCACUCGACGGGGCAGCGACAGCAUCUGGAGUCCGAAUCUGAAGUUUAAGCUCCACUGCAAGCGGCAGCUGCGCAUCCGGAAGCUGCGUCGCAUCCGCUGGACGAACAGGCAGCCGCUGCACCUGCACAUUGCCGACAUUCAGCURGUGUGCCAGGUGCGCGGCUACAGUAAGUAGGAGAAGGAGCUGCGGGGAGAUUGUUUACCUGGGCUAUGUUAGGGUAUAUCCAUGUCUGCUAUAUGCCUUAUGGGCUGUUUCAAGGUUAGACGACACCUGUAUAAAUAGAUCCAUUACGUAAGUUAUGUAAAGUAUCGAAGUUAGGCAACACCUGUGCUGACUA